AUGGCAGAAAGUACUACCUCUGCUGUAUCACCUGAAUUCUGUCAGGAAUGCGAUGCUUUGCUCUGUGGAAACUGGAUAAAAAUCUCUGAUAGCCAAAUGAGCGACGGGGCAGAGUACCGACACCAUGACUCCACCAAAUCUCUCCUGGAGUGUUCAAGAAGAACAUCCUGUGCUAUCUGCAAGGAGCUUAGUUGGCCACAAACCCUCGAUUGUACGUCGCCGGUGACCUUUACGGCAGAGAUUGGUCGCGACGGAGGCACAAUUCUUUUCUGGGCUGGUAGCCGCAAUUUCCACACCUUUAUUCUCUACCCGGAAAGAGAUCUAUCCAACCUCAUCAUUCCUAUUGGGCCGGGAAGUCGAGGCACAUUAUCUGAGACUGGUAAAGCUUUUAUAAGAGAGAACCUAGAGUCUUGCCAAAACAAACACGAGAUAUGUCGAGCUUCGCGACUUGGGAGCACGACACUUCCUAGUCGAUUGAUAGACGUGGGUACUACCCCCACGUCUUCUGUGAGAGUCAUCAACACAAAGGACAUAUCAAUCGGACCCUACGCCACCCUUAGUCAUUGCUGGGGUGAUCUCAAGUUCGUUCAGCUUACUAAGGACACUAUGCCAACACUUAACAAUGGGAUAAACACUGCAACGCUGCCGACUACCUUCAAGCACGCCGUCGAAGUCGUGCGCUUUAUUGGUUUGCAGUACUUGUGGAUCGACAGUCUUUGCAUUUUGCAGGACUCGCCUCAGGACUGGGAAACUGAGUCAUCUAACAUGGGAAGCAUCUACCGGAAUGCGUAUGUCAACAUUGCUGCUUCGAGUUCAAGGGACAGUAACGGUGGUCUCUUCUUCUACCGUGAUACCAGCAACCCCAAGAGCCAGAUUAGACAGGCCAUUCCAGUAACUCUAGGACCUGCCAAUGACAAUAAGGGCAUCCAACCUGAGAAAUAUUAUCUGGUAGAUCAACGCCUAUGGGGGUCGGCUAUGGCAAGUCCGCUUAAUGAGAGAGCCUGGGUGAUGCAGGAGCGGCUGCUCUCGCCGCGCAUCCUUCAUUUUACCCAGGAAAGGAUAUACUGGGAAUGCCUCGAAGAAAAGUCAUGGGAAGGACUUUCAAGUCUUCCAGGAAAUCUCAUUCGGCAGACGUCAACGCUUCUAUUGCGAACCGAAGUCGACAUCACGUACCUAAAGAAUAUUGUGCUUUCGGAGGCCACAGGCACAGGUUCCACGGACUGGUAUCAAAAGGUUUACGUUGCAUGGGGGCAACUCGUUGAGCAGUACUCAAAGUGCCGCCUCACAAAGGAAGGAGACAAGUUGAUUGCAGUUCAUGGACUCAUCAACAGACUGAAGGAUGCGAUUAACGACGACUGCCACGCUGGCCACUGGAAGUCUCAAAUGCCUGCAUCCCUGUGCUGGCAUGUUAAUUGGGGCCAUCCUGAUGCUUUCAAAGCCCCGUUCUCCCAUCGUCGGCCCCAUGAAUGGUUAGCCCCGUCUUGGAGCUGGGCCGCGAUGAAAGUGCCAGUCUGCUGCAGGAUCCCUGUAGAUGGUAUCAGCCUUAUCGACAUCGUCACCAUCAAGACCUCAUGUCUUAGCAACGGAAAGCUGCAAUAUAGACAGCUGCGUUUACGCGGGGCACUGUAUACAGCAGUGGUUGAUAAGGGAACUGGCUGUUGGAUAAGUGACUUCGAAGAGGGGCACGAGCACAUUCUCAUUGAGAGAAUUAGCCUCUGCGCGGAUGGCCUCUAUUUUGACGACUCUCCUUCGGGAACCACGCAUUUUUUCAUCUUGCCAGUUGUUGAGAGACGCGAAACCCUCGAUGAAUUCAAUUACCUCUUCUACUGUCUCAUGCUGGAGCCGGCAAGGACUGGAAGGGGAGUCUUUGUGCGAAAAGGGGUCGCGAUGUUAAGACUGAAAGAGUCUUAUCAAGACACAUUCUCUAGCCUUGCACCAGCCUCUUGCUGUACAAUAGAGAGCAAGGGAUGGAAUAUGAAUAUUAUUGAUCUCCUCUGA